GCGGAACUGUCAUCCUUAGCAACCCGACAGCUUGUUAUGGUAGUGACUCGGAACAAGAGGAGUCUGUUCACAUUGAAGAAGUAGCGUGUGGAGUCAGCUUUUAAUCACUCCGUGUUAUCGUUUAAUCUACCGUUAUGUCGUUACAUUUCAGCGCAAACCAGUAUGAUCAAGCCUUUGAUCCCAAGAUUCUGCAAAAUUGGGAGGUUCCCUCAGAGUUCCGACAGAGACCAAGAGCCUUUGAUGGAUUUACUCAAAUUGUGGCUAGCAACAGAGGACAUCUUCUACCAGGAGUAAAAAGGUCAAGGCAAUCUCCUUGGGGAAACUUUGUUGGAACAUGGGACAUGCCACUGCACAUUCCCGGAAAUAAGAUGUUGAACAACACUGCCAGAACUUUUCAUGCACAAGUGAGAUUAGAGAGAUGCAAAACAGAUGGGGACAUCAUUAUAAGUGGGAAACUAAAGAGGCCUCAUGUACCUGACCCAUUGCCAGUGAAAGCUGACAGAGAAGCAGACAGAAAUCUUGAGGGUAUGCCUCCCAGACCUCUGGACCCUAUUCCUUCUUCCUCACCUCUUGCUGCAAUAGAUCCUAUGCCUGCUACUUCCAAUGCAGCAGUAAAUGGUUCAAGGUCAGGGGCCAAAAACCCUGAACCUAUCACAAGAGCCAGUCCCAAACUCGCCCCAAUCAAGACACCAAUAGAUUGGCCCAGACCAGCCUCUAGGGUGAAAUCGGCAAGUCCAAAAAUUGCAUCUCCGGAACCUGAGCUACACCGAUUGUCUGCAGCUAAGUCCCCUGUUAAUUGGCCAUCACCCAAGUUUGUAGAACCAGAAAAAUUAGCAGCAUAGGCCAAUGAAAAUCCAAUUGAAAAUCCAAUUAGAUUGAAAAUAAUUUUAUUGGAAGAAUGGAGCUAUAAUGCUUCCAUACAGUUUGGAUUGUCUAGUGUGUAGACAAAUUGAGAUUUCUAAGUAAAUAUAAUGUAAAUUUGAUUUUUGAAUCUGAAUGAAACAUUCAAAAGGCAUUUACGGUAAUUAAUAUACCUUUCAUGAUUUUUCUGCACAAAUGUUUGAUACCAAGUAUUGCUUUAUCUAUAGUACUGGUAAUUUAUUUAACACUGAAGCUGUGUGAUCUAGGCAUAUACAAGUGUGAGCCUGUCAUGUACAGAUAUGUAUAUACAUUUCUCUUUGGUUUUAUGGGGCAGUAGAAUGACCAACUGUAAAUAUUUAUAUCAUUGGUUAUACGAGAUGGUUAUUGUUGUAAUUUGCUAUUUAUGGGGAAAUUGAUAUCAAGUCCUAUUAAGCCAUAUUCUUACCAGUUCAAGAUUUAUUAACUUAACUUAUUUAUGGCAAAGUCCCCACUGAGGGUCAACACUUUAAAAUAUUGGAGGGAUUUCUUUUUAAUUCAUGUUAUUAACGGUACACAUAUUGUUUUGUUACUGAAAAUUUAUUUAUUUCUUUGUUGAAUAAAAUGUUACACAUUUUUUUUUGUCUCUAUAUGUACAUGUUCAUCUUUGAUGUUUACACUUAAAGAAGCAUAUAGUGCUACAUAUUGUAGGCGUAUUAUGUAAGUGUAUUGAAAGCACUCGAUAUUUUAAUAUAUGAUGUUUGUUAUCAAGUAUGAGAGUACUGCAUGUACUGCCUAUUGUCUUUUUUGUCAAUCAUGUUAUAAAUCACUGAAUUUUAAGACAUUGAAAUAAAAAAUAGUUUUAAAA